AUGUCGCGCCGCGGCUACGUCCGCAUUCCCCACGAGCCCUCCGACCCCGAUCGCCGCGCGAGCCUCUCCCCCCCCCUACGCCGCCGCGAACCGUCCCCGUAUGCUGUCCGCGGUCGCUCCGUUGGUACCAUCAACUCGGUCGCGACCAUCUCCUCCAGGCUCAGUCUCGACAUUGCCCGCGAGCUCCAGGCGGAGCAGGAUGCCCAUGCCGGUGUCCAGGCCGCAGAGGCCGCGGAACAGCUUGGGCUGAUGCGGGCCGGCUUCGCGUGCAGCAUCGCGCUGGCGUCGUAUGUAUACUCGCUCGACAACCAGACGACGUCCAACUACCUCCCGUUCGCGACCUCCUUCUUCGGCGCACACAGCUUCAUAUCAUCCAUACAAGUCGCCCAAUCUAUCAUCGUUGCAUGCGGGAAGCCUGUCAUAGCAAAGGUCGCCGACGUCACCUCCCGCGCGACUGCGUUCAUUGUAGUUCUCCUGUUCUAUGUCACCGGAUAUCUCGUUAUUGCCACCGCAUUCCAUGUUGGCUUUGUUGCUCUGGGCAUAAUUUGCUACGCCAUCGGACUUCAAUUGCUCACCUCUGUAAUCAUCGCAGACAUCACCACUCUCAAAUGGCGCGGGCUCGUCUCCGGGAUGACCUCGAUACCCUUCCUCUUUAACGCCAUCAUCGGCUCCAAGCUCGCCGACGCCGUUCUCAAGCCUGGGGACGCCAUGUUCGCCAUCCUCGUGCCCGCAGCGCUCCUGCCGCUCAUCCUCACCCUGUUCUGGGGAGAGCGCAAGGCAAAGCAGCUCGGGCUGGUUGAGACCCCGCCCCCCGGCGAAGACAUCGUUCAUCACGUCAAGGCCGGCUGGGCACAACGCGCUUGGCUGCUUGCGGAGCAACUCGAUCUCGUCGGGCUUCUCUUGCUCGCCACUGCGGUUGCGUGCAUCUUGCUGCCGAUGACGCUGGCGCGGAAAGGGAAAAGCUCCUGGGCAGAUCCGAGCAUGGUUGCCAUGUUCGUCUGUGGCUGGGUACUCCUUCCUGUCUUCGUACUGUGGGACCUGCGCUACGCGAAGCGUCCCGUCAUCGCGAUGCGCUUCCUUGCGAACCGGACGGUUGUGUGCGCAGCGUGGAUCGGGUUCUUCGACUUCCUGUCCUUCUUCCUCACCUUUACAUACCUACAGUCCUUUGUCCUCGUUACCAAGCCGUGGUCGAUGACGAACGUGUUCUACUUCGGGCAAGCGCAGACUGUCGGGUUGACCCUCUUCGGUAUUGCCGCUGGGAUUAUCAUGCGCUUCACGCACCGAUAUAAGCCCCUCCUGAUCAUCGGCCUCUGCAUUCGCAUCGCUGGUGUUGCCCUCAUGAUCCACGCCCGGUCUGACGUUGGCACCGACGCCUCGCUCGUCUGGACGCAGGUGCUGCAAGGCCUCGGCGGCGGCUUCGCCGCGGUCUGCUCCAGCGUCGGCGCACAGGCGUCCGUCCCGCACGCAGACGUGGCCAUGGUCAUCGCCCUCGUCCUCCUCUGGACCGAGAUCGGCGGCGGCGUCGGUGGCUCUGUCGCAGGCGGUAUCUGGGCCGCGGUCAUGCCCGGGAAGCUCAAGGAGAAACUGCCGGAGUUGAGCGAGGCGGAGCGCGCGGCGCUGUUUGGGAGCAUCACGGACGUGCGCAAGCGGCCGCUGAGCCAUCCGGUGCGUGCGGGCGUCGUGGCAGCAUACAGCGACACGAUGGAGAUCAUGGUCGUCGUCGCGACGGUGCUGAGCGUGAUUCCGCUCGCGCUGUCGUUCCUGAUGCCUGACUGGUACCUCGGGGACGCGCAGAACGCGGUGGAGGAGCUCACGGUCUCGGCGGACGAAGAGCCCUAUGAAGACGUGCUAUAA